GAUGAGGCUACGACGGGAAAUCUCGCCAAAGGGUCCCCGAACAGGCAUGAAUCUCCUCAGCGGAACUACUUGGAAAGGUGCAAAGCUUCGGCUUGGAGAGGCGAAACCCGACUAUGCUGAUAGGAUCGCACUAGAGAACAAGAAAGCCGCUGAAGAGCCUCCCAAGAAAAGGCAGAGGCAUUACGGGGCUGUCUAUUCGGACGACAUGUCCUUAAUCACCACAGAAAAUGUUGCGGAGAGAGAAGGUUGGAAUGUCUCUGCCCUCGGCCGGAUGACACACCCCAUAAAGACGCGUCCAACUCAUCCGUUGGUCGACGUAGAAGAGACAAAGCCCAAGAAGGGGAAGAAGUCUGCUGAAUCCGAGAAGAAGAAAAAGAAAAGGGCGAAAGAUCCAGACACUCGUGCUCGAAGGACGACGAUCGACAUGCCCGCGUAUGGUAGUACGCAUUUGAAGGGAGUGUUCCUCGAUCUUGAAGUUCCAGAGACUGCGCGGAGGCGAACUCCAACUCAGGAUCAACCUAUCGAUGGCACAUCGGAGAGCAGCAGCGAAAGUGAAAGCGAUGUUCCUGCCCAAGCUACCUCCCCGCUGGCCCCUCGCAAUUCUCUACCCGAUGUUGCUCCUGCUCCAGUGAACGGUUCUCCGAUCCCUUCUUCCUUGAAAGCAACUGUUUUUCCUCCCGCAACGAUACCAACAAGCUCCGCAACUCUUCCUGAAGGCAGCAUCGACAUUCAAAAAGAGAAGUCUCAAACACUCGGUUUCCUCGCUUCGCUCUUCGGGAAUAAUGACGACGAUUGGAUCGGUCGCGAAAGUGUAGGGUCGGACAUCGACGAAAACGAGCUGGUCAAAGACGACGUUAUGCUAGUAGAUGAUGACGAAGCACCCGAGUUCGAGAUUGUGCCAAAGGCCGGAGGCAAGCCAACUACUGCAAAACGAAAGGUGGAUGAGUCGGAGGAAGAUUCGGAAGACGAAGAGGACGUGAUAAUGGCGCCAGAAACGAAGACCUCAGAGGCCCUUCAUACUGCUCCUUCGCCUCCGAAGGCAACAACUGCGAAGCUGAAGGAUCUAUUCGCUCCUCGAGAGGAGGAAGCUGGGUUUUCUUUACUUGGGCACCUUGACCUAGACAUGGAACUUGACGAAGAAAUGCCUUUCCUGACUGAACAGCCCAUCCAGGCUCCACAUCUCGAGACCACAACCUCUGUCUCCAUUCCUGCUCCAACGACUCUUACCCUCCAAACAUACUCCUCGCAAGCACCCCUUGUGCUCAACCCACGCCAGGCCCUCUUCUUCCCUUUACCCGCGCAAGAAGGCAGCACGACCAAAGCGCGACAACGAGAUGUGUUUGAUUUAGCGAAGGAUGGUGGGUGGUACUGGCGCGAUCCGGCUGUAGGAUUCUUCCGCACGGAGAGCGAGGACGAGAUUCGGGCACGGUGGGAAGGGUGCAAGGGCGAGCUGACAAGAGAAUGGAAGAGGAGAUGGAGGGAGGCUGGGAAGGUUAGUCGGAGGAAGAAAGGCGGUGGGGGCGAUGGGGAUGAGUG